AUGUUGGACUACUGCUCGGAAGUGUUAGCGCUGUCGUCCCUCCUGCUCGCUCAUCGCUCGUCCCUCCCGCUCACUCGUCCCUCCCGCUCACUCGUCCCUCCCACUCACCCGCUCGCUCGUCCCUCCCACUCGCUCGUCCCUCCCACUCACCCGCUCGCUCGUCCCUCCCGCUCACCCGCUCGCUCGUCCCUCCCGCUCACUCGUCCCUCCCGCUCACCCGCUCGCUCGUCCCUCCCGCUCACCCGCUCGCUCGUCCCUCCCGCUCACUCGUCCCUCCCGCUCACCCGCUCGCUCGUCCCUCCCGCUCACCCGCUCGCUCGUCCCUCCCGCUCGCUCGUCCCUCCCGCUCACUCGUCCCUCCCGCUCACCCGCUCGCUCGUCCCUCCCACUCGCUCGUCCCUCCCGCUCACUCGUCCCUCCCGCUCACUCGUCCCUCCCACUCACCCGCUCGCUCGUCCCUCCCACUCGCUCGUCCCUCCCGCUCACUCGUCCCUCCCGCUCACCCGCUCGCUCGUCCCUCCCACUCGCUCGUCCCUCCCGCUCACUCGUCCCUCCCGCUCACUCGUCCCUCCCGCUCACCCGCUCGCUCGUCCCUCCCGCUCACUCGUCCCUCCCGCUCACUCGUCCCUCCCACUCACCCGCUCGCUCGUCCCUCCCGCUUGCUCGUCCCUCCCGCUCACUCGUCCCUCCCACUCGUCCCUCCCGCUCACUUGUCCCUCCCGCUCACCCGCUCGCUCGUCCCUCCCGCUCACUCGUCCCUCCCGCUCACCCGCUCGCUCGUCCCUCCCGCUCGCUCGUCCCUCCCGCUCACUCGUCCCUCCCACUCGUCCCUCCCGCUCACUCGUCCCUCCCGCUCACCCGCUCGCUCGUCCCUCCCGCUCGCUCGUCCCUCCCGCUCACUCGUCCCUCCCGCUCACUCGUCCCUCCCACUCGUCCCUCCCGCUCACUCGUCCCUCCCACUCGUCCCUCCCGCUCACUCGUCCCUCCCACUCGUCCCUCCCGCUCACUCGUCCCUCCUGCUCACUCGUCCCUCCCACUAGUCCCUCCCGCUCACUCGUCCCUCCCACUCGUCCCUCCCGCUCACUCGUCCCUCCCGCUCGCUCAUCGCUCGUCCCUCCCACUCACUCGUCCCUCCCGCUCACUCGUCCCUCCCGCUCACUCGUCCCUCCCUCCCGCUCGCUCAUCGCUCAUCCCUCCCGCUCACUCGUCCCUUCCGCUCGCCCGCUCGCUCAUCCCUCCCACUCGUCCCUCCCGCUCGCUCGUCCCUCCCGCUCGUCCCUCCCGCUCGUCCCUCCCGCUCGCUCGUCCCUUCCACUCGCCCGCUCGCUCGUCCCUCCCGCUCGUCCCUCCCGCUCGCUUAUCGCUUGUCCCUCCCGCUCGUCCCUCCCGCUCGCUCGUCCCUUCCGCUCGCCCGCUCGCUCGUCCCUCCCGCUCGUCCCUCCCGCUCGCUCGUCCCUUCCGCUCGCUCGCUCGUCCCUCCCGCUCGCUUACCGCUUGUCCCUCCCGCUCGUCCCUCCCGCUCGCUCGUCCCUUCCGCUCGCCCGCUCGCUCGUCCCUCCCGCUCGUCCCUCCCACUCGCUCGUCCCUUCCGCUCGCUCGCUUGCUCGUCCCUCCCGCUCGCUUAUCGCUUGUCCCUCCUGCUCGUCCCUCCCGCUCGUCCCUCCCGCUUGCUCGUCCCUCCCGCUCGCUUAUCGCUUGUCCCUCCUGCUCGUCCCUCCCGCUCGUCCCUCCCGCCCGCUCGUCCCUCCCGCUCGUCCCUCCCACUCGUCCCUCCCACUCGUCCCUCCCGCUCACUCGUCCCUUCCGCUCGCUCGCUCGCUCGUCCCUCCCGCUCGCUUAUCGCUUGUCUCUCCCGCUCGCUUGUCCCUUCCUCUCACUUAUCACUCGUCCCUCCCGCUCGCUCGUCCCUUCCGCUCACUCGUCCCUCCCGCUCACUUGUCCCUCCCGCUCGCUCAUCGCUCGUCCCUCCCGCUCAUUCGUCCCAGUAAGCUCCAGAGCCGUGUGAAGGCCUCAGGUAGUUUUGAGAAUGCAGGAGUUUAA